AUGAGCAAGGCUCACCUACCUGAGUUGAAAAAAUUUAUGGACAAGAAGUUAUCAUUGAAAUUAAAUGGUAGCAGGCAUGUCCAAGGAAUAUUGUGGGGAUAUGACCCCUUUAUGAACCUUGUCAUAGAUGAGUGUGUGGAGAUGGCAACUAGUAGACAACAGAACAAUAUUGGAAUGGUGGUAAUAUGAAGAAAUGGCAUCAUCAUGUUAGAAGCCUUGGAACGAGUAUAAGUAAUGGCUGUGUUCAGCAGAGAGAUCCACUGCUUCCAUGUAUCUGCUCUACAAAGGGCCUUUUACUACGAUGUAAAAAUCAGGCUGUGUACAUUCUUUAUAUCAAUAUUUUUGUUGUUAAAUAAAAUUUUUUAAGAGUAAAAAAAUAAAGUUGCCAUGGAGUCAACUCAGACUCAUGAUGGCCCCAUGUGUGUAAGAGCACAACUGUGCUUCACAGGGAUUUUAGGGGCUGAUUUUUGGAAGCAGAUCACCAGGUCUUUCUUCCCAGGUGCCUCUGGAUGGACUGAACCUCCAACCUUUCAGUUAGCAGUAAGUGUGUUAACCUUUUGUACCACUCAGGAACUCUUGGCCAUAUUAGGCAAUUAAUAAAUAUUUGAGGAUCUGAUCCUGCUCAUUUGAAAUUUGAAGGAACUGACAACCAGAGAACUUCUUAAAUGUCUUGUCCAAGUUCACACCCUCAGGGCUGAUGUUCAGUGGA